AUAAAAGGUCCUUAUCGUAAUUGACACGUUUCCGAGAUAAAUGACGUCAAAGUCAAAUGAUGACGUAUCAAUAUGGCCGCGCCCAGAUGUUGACAUGCAUCAAGGUUAAACGGAAGGAAAAACAGAAUAAUGGAUACAUUUGAGGAAUUGGAUGACUUGCUUUCGGUGUUUGGGUUAGGCGAACCACCCACACAUGCCUCACAAGAUCAGUCUUCCGGUAGAACAUCGCCGACUUUUGCUACUGAAACCUCACUAGAAGAGCGUGUUAACCGUUUCUUUAUAGCAGUGGCGGUUACAGAAGAGGCUUGCCAAGCAGACGACACAGAGGAUCAACAUGACGACCAUGUCCCUGUGACCAAUGAAUAUGAUCCUCAGAGUGAUAUAGAUGACGUCUCAACUAAAAUAAAUACAGGUUGUCCUUGCAAAAGGAAUUGUUAUCUGAACUUUACUGUGGACCGAAUUCAGACGCAUAUUCUUAGUCUACGAGAGAUGUCCAAGAAUGAAAAAGAAAUGCUUCUAAUGGGGACAUUAAAACGGAUAGGUGACAAUUCCAGAUGUAAAAAUAAAGAAAGAACGCGACAAAGAUAUGACUAUUAUUUCGAUGGCAAAAAGAUCUGUCAAGAAGCAUUUUCAUUUAUAUUUGACACUAAACAUAAGACCCUAAGAAACAUUUUGGCACACAUGAAAGAAUAUGGAACGGAACCGCGCGUUCAUGGUCACACAGGCAGACGAGCACCAAAUGCGUUUGCGCCAGACGUAAUUAGAAAUGCAAUCCAAUUUCUAAUCAACUACGCAAGUGAAGUCGGCCUUCCCCAGCCGGCAGCUCCCAGAGGUCGCAGUGAUGAACCUCCAAUAUAUUUGCCGUCGUCGGACACAAAGCUUUCAAUCCAUCAACAGUACAAAGAGGUGUGCAUAGAGAAUGACAAACUAUACGUUGGUUUAACAACAUUCAAAGACCUGUGGUCAACAUGUGUUCCGCAUAUAAAGAUAAGUUCACCAAUAGAAGAUGUGUGUCGCACUUGCGAAGAUUUUAGACAAGAAAUUAAACUUGCUAUGAGUGAAGAUGAUAAGUUGUCGGCGACAGGAAGAUAUCAAUCACAUAUUCUACAAGCUAGAAAGGAGAGGGACGUGUACAAGAAAUGUGUAGAAAGGUCAGCUGAAAUGUUUAGGAAAAGACAAGAACUUGGUCCAUCUGCGGGAGACGAUUUUUCAAUGGACGAUAUACAUUAUACAUUUGACUUUUCCCAGUACGUCAAAUUGCCACAUCACUCCAGAGAAAAGGGGCCGACAUAUUUUAUUCAGCCCGUCAAGGUACCGAUAUUGGGUUUCCGGGUAGAUGGUUGCUGUCAGUCGUGA